AUGGACUUCGUCGCGGCCGCCGCGAUCGCCACCACCUCCCGCUCUCUCCCGCUCCCCUUCUCCUCUACCCCGCUCCACCGCCGGCGCCGUGCCGCCUUCCUCCCCGUCGCCGCCUCCAAGCGUCACGACGACGAUGAGGAGGCCGCCAAAGGCAAAGGGUCCGGCUCGGGGCCGGGGCGCGAGCCCACCAGCCUGGCGCCGUACGGCGGGCUCUCCAUCUCGCCGCUCUCCAAGGACGCAGCCAUGGGACUGGUGGUGAGUGCUGCCACGGGGAGCGGCUGGACGACGGGAUCGGGGAUGGAGGGCCCCCCGACGGCGAGCAAGGCCGGUGCGGCGGGCAGGCCGGAGGUGUCAACGCUGCCUUGGUCCCUCUUCACCAAAUCACCGCGGCGGCGUAUGCGGGUGGCCUUCACCUGCAACGUGUGCGGGCAGCGCACGACCAGGGCCAUCAAUCCUCAUGCCUACACCGAUGGAACUGUGUUUGUUCAGUGCUGUGGUUGCAAUGUGUUCCAUAAGCUGGUUGACAACCUGAACCUGUUUCAUGAGAUGAAGUGCUACGUUGGUCCAGACUUCCGCUACGAAGGAGACGCUCCAUUCAACUACCUUGACAGAAACGAGGAUGGCGACACUAUCUUCCCCCUUUAA